AGACUUUCUACUCACUUUAAAACAUCUAUAUUAGUCUACAGUCUUGAUAAGAAGGAAAAAUUUUGUUGCUCAACCUGUAUUUUAGUGUGUAAACUACGCUUACCUAACAAACUAGUGGAAAAAGAACUGGGAGUACUGUAUACGGCACACUCAUUGAUUAAUUUUCUCUCCAACCACGUAUAUGAGUAUUUGUAAAAUUUACAGGUGUUGGAUUUAUCUCCAAGCUGGAAGCAAUGAACGGUUUAUGUUAUUCACAAUGACACUUGAUAUUUUCAAAAUCAGACAAAACAAUCAAUAAAACCCACAAAGGUCGAAACCAGUGUUUUAUUACGUAAAUAGUAGAGGCGGUUGAGUCAAGUGUGUCAGUUUGACCUGUUCCGUGCUAAUGUUUUAUGGGAAGUAGUAUUAGUUGUAUCACAGAGAUAGAUAUGGCUAAUAAACUGUUACCUGCUGCUGUCAUAGCUUCUCGCUCAAAACAUUCUGCUACAUUGAUUUUCUUACAUGGAUUGGGUGACACAGGGCAUGGUUGGUCGGACACUCUAAAGGAAUAUGUUCCGGACUACUUCAAGAUUAUAUGCCCUCAUGCGAAUUCAAUACCAGUCACACUCAAUGGAGGGAUGUGCAUGCCAGCAUGGUAUGACAUAUAUGCUCUAAAUGAAAACGCUAAACAAGAUGAAGCAGGAAUAAAGGAGGCAUCGCUCGAAUUAGGAAAAUUCGUUGAUGCAGAAAUAAAAUCCGGAGUUCCCAUCGAGAAUAUAGUUAUCGGAGGUUUUUCACAAGGUGGUUCAGUGGCCCUCUAUAAUGCACUAACGAGCACUUUACGGUAUGGUGGGGUUGUUGCUUUCAGUUGUUGGCUUCCACUCCAUACAAAAUUUAUGUCCUCACCUACACUCUUGACUAUGCCCAAGGACGUCCCAGUUUUCCAGUGUCAUGGAUUGGAGGAUUAUACAAUUCCUUUUGCCAUGGGAAAGUUAACUCAUGAGCUUCUAAAAACUUUCCAGUUAUCCAAAUGUGAACUCAACUGUUAUCCUCAAUUAUCUCACUCGUCAUGUGAAAAGGAAAUGGGAGAUCUCCGAACAUUCUUGUCAAGAAACAUACCUGGUACACAAUAAAUUUGUGUGUGUUAGGUGUUACUAGUUCGUCGUUGCCUAAAUGAUAUAUAUGUUUUUGAAGAAUGAGUCCCAGUUCUGAAUUUUCCUCCUUCACUUCCAAUGUACUAUUUCCUGGCACAUGUUUGAUAUGUGUUUUAUGACCCCAUUACAUGGGUUUUCCAUACUCUUAAUGUUUACAGCUCUGUUAUAAAAAUACCGUUACUAGGUAUCAUUUAUGUAUGUCUUACAUACUUCCUUUAAUUCACUAAAAUAUAACUUUUAAUGCUAAGUUUUUAGUAGCUAUUGCCAAUUUUCGUGUCUACGAGUCCCAUAUUUUUCGAUCAUGACGAUGUGUUGUUCUAUAAGUUUGUAACAAAUUCAUACCUUGUGAUCCAAUUAGAUUGUGUUGCAUUUGUUA